UUCUUAUAUAUUUUUAUAAUGUUUAAGUAUAUUCCUUAGUAUAAAUAGAUUAAGGAACAAAAAAAUGGGACAAGUGAGACAAAUCCAAACACUCGCAUAGCAUUCACUUCUUCACUCUCCACUCUGCAGACAAUGAGUCGCCAUCCUGAAGUUUUGUGGGCGCAGCGUUCCGACAAGCUUUACCUGACUGUUUCUCUAACUGAUGCCAAGGAUGUUUCUGUGAAGUGUGAGCCUCGUGGCUUGUUCACUUUCACUGCUUCUAAGCUUCAACAUGAAUCCUACAGCUUUACCUUGGAACUUUAUGGAUCGAUUGAACCUGAGGGCUGUAAAAUAAAGUCGAGCUCAAGAAAUAUACUAUGCUCAAUUCAGAAAGGACAGAGAGGUUGGUGGAAAAGACUGCUGAAGUCCGAAGAGAAACCUGCUCCAUACCUAAAGGUCGAUUGGAAUAAAUGGUGUGAUGAAGAUGAAGAAUCAGAUUCUGAAUUGAUAUCCGAUGACGAUGGACGGUUUGCUGGCGAAGAUGAUGAAAGCAGUGAUGAUGAAGGAAUGUUAUAUCUUCCUGACUUGGAAAAGGCUAGAGGAAAGUGAUUAUUAGAGUAGUAACAAAGGUUGAAGAAGCUUGAAGGAGAUGGAAUCAUAUGAAAGUGUUAGAUACUAGCUGCAUGGAUAAGACUCAGUGUUGUAGCUAUCCUGUUGUAUAUAUAGAAUCUGAGUAGUGCUUUGGAAUCUGAAAACAGUCUUCAGCUUCUUGAUUACUUGGUACUAAUUCUAGUCAAAGGUUUCUUUGAUGUGAAUGCUGGUUGCAUUAUAAUCUAACCUCUUUAAUUGAAAAUAUGUUUUCUGAAAUUAUACAACCUUGACAUCCAUUAUAGUUGAUUCAAGUUUCAAUCUU